AUGAACAGCCCUAUGAGUGAGUACUUACACAUAGAUUAUAAUAUCAGCUUGCAUACAAUCUUGUGAUACAUAUUUAUCGGUUUAGAUCAAUACCGAUAUGACUAGUAUACCGUCAUUUAUCGAUUGAAAUACAUAAUAGUAUUUAAAGGCUAUUGAAUUCGAAAAAGCGGCGUGUUUUUGGAUAAUAUAAACCGUAUACCAUAACUUAUACUACUAUUCUUCCUGCAACGUGACUUCUCAUAUAUUUCAUAAUUUUAUUGAAAAAACGUUGAUUAUUGCAAUCAAAUUUUCUUAUGUUUGAAAACCUGGAAAAAAAUAAUUAUAGGUAUACGAUUAGGAUUGACAACUGUAUGAAUAUAUAUUUGUAAUUUAUUUUUUUUUAAAAACUACCUAAAUUAAAGAUUUUCUUACUUUCGACAAGAAGGCUCGGACAAACCAAAAGACUCACAACGGCUUUCUUGUAUUUUAUGAACAUAUUCAAUGCCUGGACAGGAUUUUUAUUAGGUUUUUUAAUUCCAUGUUAUUUUCUUCGCAAUGAAAAAUAUUCCAAACAAAUAUAUUUAACGUUGGAACAAUCGACGUAGCAUAUUUAAAUCAACGCCGUAAUCGGCUUUUAUUAUAAUCGAUUUUUUUUUUUUUACUGUAGUAUCGUUGAAUGAAACGUAAUCAAAGAUAGGUAUAUGACAUUUUUUCAGAAUUAUUUAAGCGUUCCCAAGCAUAAUAUAACUUUCUAAUCGACUCUAUUUGGAUUAUUAAUAAUGACUUAACGUUUUUAAUAACGUUUUUUUUUUAGGCAAAUGCCCGACAUACAAUAAGGCGGUAUCAAUCAAUGUAAAACCGAGUGUUUUAACAGGGUUCACUGGGAUCUCUAAGACUGAGAGCUCUUGGAGACCAGGAAACCAUAUUUUUACCAACUUUUUAACCUACAAACUGGCACUAGGUUCAUUAAGCCAGGUAGAAAACAGGUUCGGUUAUGGUGUCACAUAUUCCAGAAAUAAAGAAAGUGCUCCUGAGAACGCCGAAGAGUAAGAUUUGACUAUAAUAAUGUUUAUUAUUACUCACCGCCAAAUUCAUAAUGUUGAUUUAAUGAACGGUGUGGAUUUGUCAUGGAAACAAUAUGAUCGAAUUAUGUUUAUUUAUUUAUACUCUAUGCCCCUUAUCUCAUUGCUCGGACUACUUUUAUUGUUAAAUCAAAUCAAAUUAUGUAAAAGAAUUCAAAUUUUGAAAAAUUUUUAUUUAGAAUACGUAAUGGAAAAAUAUUAGUCAUGAGUCAUAAUUCAUGGAUCAUAAAUAAUUUAAAUUGUAUGUAGAUUAUAAGUCGCUAGAUAUAUUGAAUUUAAAAUCUACUAAAAAAAGAUAAAAUAACCUAUACAUUUUGCGACAAGUUAAAUUCAAGUAAAAUCAUAGGGCUACCUACAAAUUCAGCUAUAUUGUGCAAUACUAAAAACAAUAUAAGAAACCCUAUUAAAACCAGCCAAAUAGUUAUAUGAGUCAAAAAUUAAAAACAAAUUUUUUUUCAACGAUUAGUUAGGAUAUUCUUCUUAGCUAAUUCACACACAACAUAAUAAAUUUGUUAUAAAUAAUUGUUUACUGGCAUUCUUUAGUAAUGGUAUUAAUACGGUCUCCAAACCAACAUUUUGUGCCUACUUGGAAACGAACUUGAAUAAUGAUACUUCAUAUAAGUUAUGCCAUAACGUGUUUGGCAACUUGUGGGGACAGAUCAGUGGCAAUGUCCUGGACAAUUGGACGAAGAGCAAGAUUUCUGGAUCCAUUGAAUUAGCCAACGACAAUUUAAACGUGCAGGUGUCGGCCGACGAGGCAACAGACACAUCAAAUGAGUUAAAUAUUAACUUUACGAAGCAGAUAUUUAGCUCCUGUGUAAUAGGCGGUCAGUGCACGUUUAUAAAAGACAAAAAGUCACCAAUACCUAUAAUGCUUAAAGGUUAUGAAGGAAUAUUGGGAUACAGACAAGGUUAUAUGAGUUAUUCAGCCACUCUAAACCAGUCUCUUGCCUCAACCUUGCGGGCCGUAGCACGCUACAAUUCCAACUCAACUGCAUUAGAAAUAAAUUCUGAACAUGAGAAAAGAGAAAUAAAGUGCGUGCUAUCGCAACAGGCCGUCGUUACCAAAAAUAUAGAAGUCAAAGGUGAUAAUAUAAAUUAUUAUAAAGAAGCCGCUUCCCUUAGACGCAUUUAGUCUUCUUCUGCUUCUUUGCUUGCAUUAUUCAAAUCGGAUGUAAAUAUAAACAGCUCGUAAAUAUAUGAUUCCAUAUUUUUGCACCUUUUCACUGUCCUAUUCAAUAUGUUUGACAAUACUAACUAGGUCAUCUAUGUUACCUGAUUACCUAAGUAUACAAGUUUAUCUAGUGCAUCACAGAACAUUGUAAAAUCAUAUAAAUCAAUAAGUUCUAUAAUGCAAAUACGUGCUAAUAACAUUACACNCAUACACUGUAAAGUUAUUAUACUUAUAUAUAAUUUACGUUUAAACGUACACUACCGUACAUCCUCUAACCUCGUAGGUAUGGCCUUGGAUACCUACAUUAUGAUUGAAUCAACAAUAUCGAAAUAUUAUUAUUAACAUUGUGUGUCGUAUAUAUACAAAGGUCAAUUGGAUUCAGAUGGGAAAUUUGGCGGGAAUAUUAUCUGGAAGUUCAUGAAAAACUGUUCAAUAACAUUCAGUGCUAUGUUCAACAACUAUAUGGAUUCUCCGAAAGUGGGAAUGGAAAUUGCAUGCAAAUAA